AUGGAUUAAGUCAAUGCUAUGCAAUAAUACAUAACUAAAUUAAAGGUAGCUCUGACUGAUUUAUAAUAAAAAAACAAAGAUUUGGAAACCAAACUGGAGCAGGAACAUAAAAUAGCGCAAACAUUGGAAGAAAAAUUAGAAUACACUGAGAAAAAGUUAUCAAAUGAAAAAGAAUAAGUUGAAAUUCUGGGCAUCAAAGUUGAUGAAUAUGAGAAAAAAUUAAAGAGCAUUUCUGAUACUAAGAAACCUAGCUUUUUAGGCAAAGUCUUUAAUAAUUCCCAAUAAGAUUAAUGGACCAUUAGAAUUAAUCAAGCUGAAUAAUCAUUAGACAUUUAAGUUUAAGAGAACGAAAAAUUACAUGCUCAAGUGUUCACACUUAAAACUCAAUUAGAACUUUUGGAAAAUAAAUUGGAUGAAGAACAAAAAUCAGCUUCAUAAAAAUUCUAGAGAAUAAAGUCAUAUUAUUAAUCAGAAAAAACAAAAAGGGAGGAUCUAGAAAAAUAAAUUUAAUAAUUAAAUCUAGCUCAAACUGGGUUGAAAUAUGAAAUUAGUCAAUUGAACAUAUAAAUUGAUUCGUUGAAAAAGGAAAUCGAUAACAAAUAACAAGAGAUCUCGACUACUUAACAAUUACUUGAUAAGAAUCAAGAAGAUAUGAAAAAGUUGACGCAAGAUCUCAUUAAUUAAUAAUAAGACAUUCGACAAUUAGAACAAGAAAAGGUUGAGUUCUAAGGGUUUGUCCAAGAAAUUCAAAACUAUGUUACUGGAUUGUCGAUUGAUCAGCAAUAUUAAGAAUUAGUUAAUAGUUUAAACGAAAUCAUAGAAAAAAUGCAUAAAUAAACAUACGUGAAGGAACUAUUCCUAUAGGCUAAACCAGGCAAUUAUGAAAUCUUCAAGUUGGCUUAAGAAAAAAUACUGAAAUUGGGGAAAAAAAAUGAACAAUUAAUUAAGCAAAAUAAAUAGUUACAAGAUAAAUUAUAAGUGUAAAAGAGCAAGCAGGAAUGA